AUGGAAGAUAAUGAUGGAAGCUUUCAUUCAGCAGCAGCUAAUGAGAGUGAUGAGAGUGGACCUGUUCAAGGAAAGGGUGCGAGGAGUCGUGUCCCUAUUGGGCCAAAUCAUCAGGCUAAGUUACCAGAUUGUACAUUUGGCAAGAAAGACGGAAAUGUUGCUGAGGACUCUGCUGAUAGUCUCUCAUGUCUUUAUCUCGGUAGUGAUAGGACUGAAAACAUCAGCAACAAUCAGGCUCCUGUGCGCAGCUCUGUUCUUCAUCCAACCGAUAGUAUGCCAACUGAUGCCAUGCCACUGCUGUUGACUCCAACAUUGGGGCCUCCCAUUGAUGCUCCUCAGCCAGAAACGACAGCGGUCGUUCAUGAGUCCGCUGGAGAGGCAUCGACCACGUCAUUUGACUGGUCGAAGUUAACAGAGAUGGGGUACCGGGCGGUGGAGGUGAUCCAGACUUGGAGCAGCGAAGUCAAGCUUCUUAAAACCAUAUUCGUGGAAGAGAAAGACAGGAAUGAGCAUCUUAAGACCAUGCUCGGGGAGGAGAAAGACAAGAAUGAGCACUAUAAGACCAUGCUCGCGAAGGAGAAAGACAAGGCCGAGCACCAUAAGAACAUGCUCGAGGAGGAGAAAGACAAUAACAAGCGCCUUAAGACCAUGCUCGUGGAGGAGAAAGACAAGAACAAACACCAUAAGAUCAUACUCGAGGAGGAAAAGGACAAGAACGAGCGUCUUAAGACCAUGCUCUCAGAGGAGAAAGUCAAGAACGAGCACCUUAAGAGCAUGCUCGCGGAGGAGAAAGACAAGAACGAGCGUCUUCAGCUCAGACUUCACGGGGAGGAAAAAGAUAAGAAUGAGCUCCUAAAGACCAUGCUCGCGGAGAAGAAAGACAAGAAUGAUCGCCUUCAACUCAGUUUUCCAAAGAACGAACACCUUCCACUUGGUCUUCAGAGAGUGCAUACCAGGUUGGACGAAUGCAUAGCCUUGAUCGACAGAAUUACUCAGAAAGACACGGUUUUUCUGGAAAUGUUAUAGAAGGUGGAAUAAAGAAGAACUGAAGGUGUGAGUCGUAGAUUUGAAGUAUGGCAACUUUGCAGUUGAGCAAGCUGGCUGUAGUGUAUUGUAAAAAAUGGUCGUGUAUCGCUUGAUUUCUGCUAUGUUGCCGUUCAGCACAGGCACAGCAGUCUUGGCAGCAACCAAAGCGAUUUUUUGUAGGAAAUUAAACUUGGGUAUCAAUGUGAAAAGGGAAGUGCUGAAUUUUUGGCAACUAAAGUAAACAACUUUUAGAA